AUGAUGAAGAUCGUUGUGUUGGUGGUUAUCGUAUCGACUGUCUACAGCGAGUUCUGGCACGGCGAAAUACCUGAUGUUCCCGGAGUAAGCGCGGCCAGCAUGGAUAAAUUACGUCAAAUGAUGACCCCUCGUCCAACUACCAAGGAAGGAUUCAUGCAGGUAAUCCAACAAUGGAUGAACGGUCUUUCACCUACGGAGAAGGAAGCAGCUGAAGAGUUCGGGGAACAAAUGCGCCAAAAACAUCACACGAUGCAACCAGGAGCAAGUGGAUAG